CAUCGUCGGGCGCCUGCGCCGGAAGCGGAAGAGCGCGAAUGUCUGGGUCGUGCAGUGUCUGAAUGUGUGGAUGUUUCACGUGCGUUUCUCGUGGAGUUGUGUAGCUGCUCUGGCUCCUAGCGGAAGGCUUGUGGGGCCCUCGGCUCGCCCCCUCCCCGUUUAAAUCUUGCGCCUGGCCUGCUCUUCCUCCUCGCCAUGGCGGGCAUCCUCUUCGAAGACAUCUUCGACGUGAAGGAUAUCGACCCCGAGGGCAAGAAAUUCGACCGGGUUUCCCGGCUGCACUGUGAGAGCGAGUCCUUCAAAAUGGAUCUGAUCCUCGAUGUGAACGUACAGAUCUAUCCAGUUGAUCUUGGAGACAAAUUCCGCCUUGUGAUAGCCAGCACUUUGUAUGAAGAUGGGACAUUGGACGAUGGCGAAUAUAAUCCUACGGAUGAUAGACCCUCCAGGGCGGACCAGUUUGAAUAUGUGAUGUAUGGGAAGGUGUACAGGAUUGAGGGUGAUGAGACAUCAACAGAAGCAGCCACACGCCUCUCUGCCUACGUCUCCUACGGCGGCCUGCUCAUGAGACUCCAGGGAGAUGCCAACAACUUGCACGGCUUUGAAGUGGAUUCAAGGGUCUACCUCCUGAUGAAGAAAUUAGCCUUCUGACCAGCUUCUGCCACCAGACGGUUGGAGGCUCCAUUAGCAGCUUGGAACAUUACAGAAAAUAGCCCAGAUCUGCUCCUUCCUCUGCCUUAUAGAGGCAUAUGGAGCAAAGCUUGUUGAUGAGUUAGAAAGAUCCUUCUAAUGUUCUCCACUGCCUUGUCAGCCACGAGAAAGACAAACUUUUCUCCCUCCCAUUUUCCCAGGGCCCUUUGCAGGUAGGAAGUGGCUGCCACAUGCCUUCCUCAUGAAGCUAAGCAGUAAUAUUUCCAGGCACCGGAAACUCUAUGCUUUUGAUGAGGUGAUCUGUUUUACAGUGAAGGAAGGUCAUUUUUCUACAAAGGCAACACUGCCAUUUCUGGAAAACUGGAGCCAUUUUUCUCUGGUGUUUUGGUCGAAAACACAGAGAAAAAGACGUUAGCUCCUGAGUCAAACUCCUACAGGUAAUCGGUGCUCCUUUUUUAAAAAACCUCAAAUAAAAGUGUUUUUUUUUAUUA